AUGAUCACUUUAUCAAUGGAGCUAGUCCUUGGCCUGGUGCUGCUGCUAGGAGUUGCUGCCAAUGGCCAGCAAUUGUUCUUGAUGCGACCCCAGAGAUCCCUUUAUGAGGCUCCAAGCCUGGGUUGGAAUACGAUUGGUUCAUUUGGUGGCAUAAAUCCAAUUGGACUGGGUCACAUGAGCAAGGAUGAGCUGAUAACUCUGCUGGAUGCCUGGCGCGAGGUGGAAGAGGAGAGUAAACUACCAGAGACAAUCGCACCACCUGCUCCGCCACCUCCACCUCCACCUACACCACCACCGCCACCUCCACCACCACCACCACCUCCACCGACGCCACCAACACCAGUACUUCCUCCACCUCCACCGCCUCCUCCAGUGGUUAUAGCACCGCAAAUUCCUCCACCAGGUGCACCCGUAACAGUACGCCUCCCAGCAUUUGUGCCUGUCCAAUUGGCUGCCAUGUGGACACCUCCACUGGGAGGAGUUGCAGCUGCAGCUGGUGGAGUUGCUGCAGCUGGAGCUGGAGCUGGAGUCACUGAAGCUGCCAAUGCGGAAGUGGCAGCUUCUCGACUCUUCCGCUUUAUGCCGUUGCCGGUGAUGGCCGGUUCGGCCCGUUCUCGUCCUCCGGCUCAGCAACAGGUGAAGAACACAUUGGACAGCAUUGAAGCCGAGCUCUCAGCGCCGGCUCCCAAAUUGGUCAAGCCCAAACCGAAGACAACUUUGCCACAGAAACCUAAACUGGCUUCAGCUUCCUCCCUUCCACCUUCGUUUCGUCCGAGAUUUGGUUUGCCUCCAUAUCUGGCCAAUGCUCCUGGACGCUUGGAAUUGGUUCCCUCAUCACAGAUUAUUGGCGAUUGGCGAGAGUAA